AGCUCUCAGCUCAGCCGAUUGACGACUUCACCGGCGACUUCGCCCGAGACCAUCGCAGCCAUGGCACCCGCAGAGAUCGAGACCAUCGUGGAGAACGAGCACGGCAGCGCCUUCGAGGUGCAGAUCAAAUCGCCGGGUGCGGACAAGCUGAGGACGGCCGCCCGCCUGCGCCUGGAGUCCUACGAGAAGAAGCCGCUGCCCACGUUGCUGGGCUCCAAGGGUCCGGCGGUGCCGCUCUGCGAGCAGCGCGCCGAUAAGGCUCGCCAGCAGAACGAGCAGAAGAAGGAGACGGCCGAACGUGUGCGCCUGGAAUUCCAGAGCACGGCGGACGCGAAGCGUCAAGAGAUGGCGCAGCAACUGGAGAAGGCAGAUGGACUGCGCCAAGGUGUCUUGGCAAGCCGCUCGAAGCAAGCGGGUCAGCACUACGAGAAGGUCAUGGAGAAGAAGGACACCACGCAGCAGCGCUCAGUGAUGACGGCGGCGGAAGCGCGCGAUCGCUUGACGGCCAUGUUGCUCCAGAAGGAGGAGUUGCGUGAGCAUCAAAUGGCCGAACGUUCCAAGCGUGCCAUCAAGCACAACGAGGCCGUGGCGGACAAGGUGCAGCAACAGAAGGAGGUGAUGGAGAAGAAUCGCUUGAAGUCCAAGGCGCUGCCGGCCGCGGAACGACUCAUGAACCUGAGUUUGCGCCUUUAUGAGCGACACUUGGUGGCGUGCCUGGAUUGACUAGUCGGAUGGCGGCGUGCUGGACGACGACACAGUGCUGAAGUCGUACAGCAAAGAGCUGGGUGAUUUUAAACCGUGAAUCGUAUGCCCACAUGUGACAAAUCUUAUGGUUCCUUUUGCGCGCUCUGGGUGUUCCAGGUGUGUGACUCUAAAC